UCUGGGAAGGAGGGGCUCGCAUAAAGUCCAAACCUUGGAAGCUAGCAAAGUGCGGGACAUAGCAGAAAUUAAGCCGUAGUUACCUUCCACCAGGCCAAACUCAAUCCUCGUCAGUAAACAAACCCCUAAAAUCUCAAUCCCUAUCUUGAAUCUGCUUGUCAUAGACACUCACUUUCACCUUCUGCCCCGACUUCAACCGCUUACCUAGAAGUAGAUAUACCUACCCACCUAUAUACACCUCGAACGUCACCACCCCUCUCCAACAAAGCCCUAUCCACCCCAAACCCAGCAGCAACAAUGUCCACCAUCGACAACCUCAAAGACCGCACCACCCCCGUCUUCUCCCAAGACGACGUAACCGUCAUCUUCGUGCUCGGCGGCCCCGGCGCCGGCAAAGGCACGCAAUGCGAGCGUCUCGUCUCCAAAUACGGCUUCGCGCACCUCUCCGCCGGCGACCUUCUCCGCGCCGAGCAAAACCGUCCCAACAGCGAAUUCGGCUCGCUAAUCCGCGAGCACAUCCGCAACGGCACGAUCGUGCCCAUGGAAGUAACCAUCGCGCUCCUCGAGUCCUCCAUGCGGACCAUCCUCACCUCCUCCUCCCCCACCAACACCAAAGGCAAAUUCCUCAUCGACGGCUUCCCGCGGAAACUCGACCAGGCGCAUAAAUUCGAAGAAGCAGUGGUGCCUGCGAAAUUCGUCCUGUUCUUCGAUUGCCCGGAGGCGGAGAUGGAGAGGCGGUUGAUGGAGCGCGGGAAGACGAGUGGUCGUGAAGACGACAACGCUGAGAGCAUCCGCAAGCGGUUCCGCACUUUUGUCGAGACGAGCAUGCCUGUUGUCGAGUACUUCGAGGGCCAGGAUCGGGUUGUUAAGGUCGAUGCUAGGCCGGAGCCUGCGAGUGUUUUCGAGACUACGACGGUUGAGUUGGAGAAGAGGCUUGGGAAGGACUUUUAGGGGUUAUGCAUACGUGUUUAGAUGAUUCUGGGGGAGGGAGAAGGGGAGAAGGACUGGGCGUUGCGGAUAGAUUUAAAUUCGCUUGCUGGGUAGAUAUAUAAGAGCAUUACCGGCUUAGUGUCUGCUUAGGUUAAACAUAGAGAAGGAAUAUAACGAGGAUGACGGUCGACGAGGAAGGCUACGAACCAACGAUGGAAGUAAUGGAAUGAUAAGUCAAGACAGACGAUCAAGAGUGUCUAGUUUGGAUAGACAGUCUACGAUGGGCAGGUAGCGUUUCACAUUUCCAUACGAAUAGAUAGACAAGCAAGAAGA